UUUGAUUUGCGCAAGAGAGACUUAGCCUCGUUCGGGUUUACUUGUCUUCCUGCUCUGAUACGGCCGACCAGCAGAGGACGAAUUACCUUACGGUCAACAAAUCCUUUUGUCUACCCCAAGAUCGAGGCUAACAUAUUAAAUACACAAGAGGACUUACAAAUUUUAAUUAAAGGUAUUCGUGAAUGUGAGAAACUAGUCACCACCCCAACAAUGAAAGCAAUCGGUGCUGAGUUGACUGAGGACACGCCAGCCUCGCAAUGUGCACAAUUCAGGUUCAGAUCCGACAAGUACUGGGAGUGUCUGGUCAAGCUGAGGGUUAUCUCGGCAUAUCACGCUGUUGGGAGCUGCAAGAUGGGACCACAAGGAGACCCGACGGCUGUGGUGGAUGAGAAACUGAGGGUUCGUGGUAUAUCCGGCCUCCGUGUGGUAGACGCCUCUGUAAUGCCAUGGAUUGUGUCAGGGAACACAAAUGCUCCUGUUGUUAUGAUAGCUGAGAAGGCAGCGGACAUGAUUAAAGGGAAGAAACUACUGCCUUCCAGAAAACUUGAAAGAUGUUAAUAUAACACAGUUAUCUCUUGUAUAACUAUAAACACGACAUAGAUUAGCUUUACUUUUUAAUUAUUUUUAAUCUUCGUAGUAGAUGUAACAUUAAAGCGACUACAGACAGACGAAAUUAUUUUGUUUAUUUUACAAACGAUUGUUUAAUACUAAGCUCAUUAAAAUUGACGUAAC